AGACAAGGCAUUUUUACAUUUUGCUGAAUUGGUUAGUAGGCGAUUUUGGGAUUCAAUCAAUCAGACGAUUAGAGUGAGGGCGAAUGAGAUUUGCUCUUUUGUUAGCAUAAUAAUGGCUUCAAUGUCCACGAUACAACUCCGACUUCAUACCCUACCCUCAUUCCAGCGGCGGGAUUUCCGUAGUCUUUUGGAAUUCAGAACCGAAUUGGGCAUGAUUAGUAGUAGCAGCAGUAGUAUUACCGCUACUGGUUGUUGUGCAAGAUGGAAUGAUUCUUCAACUAAAACUUUGAAGCGGAAGUUUGCGGUGAGAGCCUUAAGCGAUCCUCCUCCUCCGGUAAAGGGCGAUCAACACAACAACCGCCUUCAACAUCAGCUCUUCACCCUCAUUCCUCACAAACCACCAAUUCAAUCCGCACUCAACUCUCCCAAUCCUACUCUUAACUUACGCCAUGCCGUCGCUUCUCUCCCCACUUUUAUCCUCCCGAAGAAGAAACACUUCACUCCCAGUUUUGCAACUGGGUUGUGCGCUGCAGCAGCCUUUGUACUUUUUGUGUUAAGGAGCUAUACAGCAAGUAAGUCAAGAUACAGCCGUCCUGGCUCUGUAGCUGAUCUUGUCCGGCGUGGUCAGCUGAGAUCUGAUAGAAGAGGCAUCUCAACGCCCCUCAAGUAUGAAGAUCCAUUCAAUAAUCCAAUGGUGAAGAUUGGUAAAAGCAACUCAACAAUUGAGAUGUGUGGAAAAGUAUUCCGUUUAGCACCGGUGACCCUUACAAAGGACCAACAAACUAUCCAUCAGAAGAGGAGGUCACGUGCGUAUCAAUGGAAGAGACCAAAGGUUUUCCUUAAAGAAGGUGACUCCAUACCCCCGGAUGUGGACCCUGAUACAGUCAGGUGGAUUCCUGCAAAUCAUCCUUUUGCAACCACUGCAAGUGAAAUUAAUGAAGAUUUGGCACAACACAAUGUGUAUCAAAAGCAUGGUGUACCAUUCCGUAUACAGGCAGAGCAUGAAGCUCUUCAGAGGAAGCUUGAAGCACUGCAAAACGAGCAAAAACUCGGUAAACUAGUGAUCGAUCCUAGAGCUGCGCAAGAUUUGGAGAGGCCAUUUAAAUCUCAUUUGAAGCCUGAAGAACCGGUAGAACGGAGUUCCUCUAAGCACACAAAUCCAGAUUCUGCCCAAAAUCCAUUUUUGGACGGACCAGCUUCUGAUGAGGAGGAGAAACCUUGAAUUAUGAUCACGUUUUGGCAGUAUUAAGUCUGGCUUCGAAAGUUUUAAGCUCGCCGACAAUCAAAUCAGUAGCGUCUUUCAGGUUUUACAAGUUUCAAGAGUUGUUAGGCCAGCCCGGCCACUAGAAGCGACGUGGAGGAGAUCGAACUGUAAAUGAAUUUCCAGUUUACACUUGUAGAUGGGUUCUGCGUAACAUAUUUGGUAUUUCUGUACGUAGCUGCAGUUUAGGACAUGCCUUUUCGUAUUUGGUUUUGUGUGCUAAAUCUGUCGCCAUUUCCUUGACUUUGCAUUAGAUGCUUUAUUGUAUAUUUGAAAAAGAUUGAAUAUUUUUCCUCA